AUUUUUUUAUGCAGGGUAAGGUUUUCUGUUAAUUGCUGGACGUUGGAAUACAGAGUGGUUGAAUACACAUAAAGAAGUUCCUUGUAAAUUCUGUGGUGCACUCGGUUCCUCCCAUAUUUUUUUCUGGCAUUUGCAAUAAUGUCAGAAAGUGAGUUAUCAGUAAUAAAACCAGAGGCAUUGAAGACUUAUAUUUGGCUUCAGUGCUUUGAUGGGUCCAUACAACAAGUGGAGGAGGAGGUUGCCAUGUUCUGCCCUAUGAUUUGUCGAGAAAUUGUGAAAAAUGGCACCGGGUCUGCCAAAAAUCAUGCUAUUGCUCUCCCGGAACGAGUUAAUCCGGCAAGUUUAAGUUUGAUUCUUGACUACUGCCGUUUUCAUCAAGUCCCAGGGCGCUCAAACAAGGAGCGGAAGUCAUUUGAUGAAAAGUUUGUUAGGAUAGACACAGAAAAACUGUGUGAGCUGACAUCUGCAGCUGACAGUCUUCAACUAAAGCCAUUGGUUGAUCUUACCAGUCGAGCACUUGCUCGAAUCAUUGAAGGAAAGACACCUGAGGAAAUCCGGGAUAUCUUUCACUUACCAGAUGACUUAACAGAGGAAGAGAAAUUGGAGCCUCUAAAAAACAUAAAUGAUGACCCUAGGAUUCGAUUAUUGAAUCGAUUAUAUGCAAAGAAGCGGAAAGAACUGCAGGAGCGCCAGAAACUAAAGGAUAUUCAAGUACAGCAAGAGCACAAAGAUGAGCGAUCUUUGGAUGAGUUAUUAUGUUUUAUAAAUGGGGAUGGAGGUUCUGGAGGUGGGAAAGGUGGCAAGAGUAAGAAAAAGAACAAGAGAAGGAAGGAUGCUAAGAACCCCCCAAAAGCUGACCUUGAACCUGUAAAUAAGGGGGAAGCUGCCUGUGCGGUUCCAUGCAAUGUGGGUAUUGGUAAUAUUCCUAGAGCUCCUUGCCAAACUUCAGAUGUGCAAGAUGAUAAUGAGUAUCCCUUUGAAGACGGUGACCUUGAUGAUGGACUUGAUCCUGCAAUGCAGGAAGAGCUUGAUAGAGAAGUGGAAGAUUUUGCAAGGAGGCUGAAUUCUGUUUGGCCUGAGAGAAUGCAUUUGGGUCAAGAAAGAAGAAUUGAGUCGCAACUGAUUGGUGGUAAUAAUUCUCUGCAGAGAUUUUCUGGGUUCAACCACAGGUGACUGUCAAGCAGGAUCAAAAGCAGAAGCAUAGGAAAAGUGUGCACAUACAGCUUCGAAGAGAUCCAGAGACCAAGUGAUCACCUGUUUCUUCAAUGCCGAAGAGGCCUCGAAACUCGGAACCAAGCUUGCCGACAAUGUGCAUCUGGUCCCCUUGGCCGUUUUAGGCGCAGGGGCUGGCUCAUCUGGUUGGGAUGAAGCAUAGCGAGGUUUAGAUAGAUCAAGGAACAUGAAGAAUUUUUUCCAGUCGUGUCAUUUCUUGGGUUAGCGUUCGGAGUUGACUCGGUUUUUUCAUCGCUGUCUUGCCAAUUUUCCUGGAUAGAGCAUAGUGUGCAACUGUAACAGAUGAUAUCAUCGCUGCUGUGAAAGAAGUUCCGUUGAUUACUUUGCA